CCGCCGCUAGCGGAUGAAGUUGCCGCAGGUGGAAACGGCGCGAAUCGUGAAGUUGAAAGUUAUGAUUUUUCCGCAUUAAAGGGAAUAUAGCGCGACGGUUUAUUGUUGUGUUUGAAGAAUAAUUUCAUGGAAUCGCCGGAAAAAGUCAUCGCUACCAGACCGAGAAGAUAAUGAGCCUAGAAAUCCCAUCCUGAACCUGCUACAAUUAUUCCAACCACAAUGGAACGAAAUCUAUUCCCAGUUAUCUUCGCCCUUUUAUCUCUUUCCAAUCCAAUCGUCGCCAGUUGCGAUCUGGAGCGGCUAUUCCUCGGCAAAAGGGUGAGUAUCGAAGAAUCGGUAAUGGACUGCCCGAUUGUCUUCAGAGGAUUGAGUGUGGCGACGUCUGGAGCGGCGCAUAAUCCAGCAGGCGGCGUCGGAAGUAAAUUCACGGCACGCUUCGAAUUAUCGAAUACUUUCAAGGAUAUGCGGGCGUUCAGAGAUCAGUGGAGCAUAUCGAUGGAUGCCGACGAUAGGACAGUCAAUGUGACUAUAAUGGAGGAACCCACCGCCGAAUGCGCACAUGGCAUCACAGCUCCGCUUGAGUACAUUGUGUUUGGAUUCGCUGACGGCGAAAAAGUCACAGCCGCCUCGGUUGUAAAGUGGAGCGAGCGUACUGAUCAAAGAGUCUGGAUGGUAUUGGGUUGGGGCCAGUGGGGUGAUUGGUCUCCUUGUAGUGUUUCCUGUUCCUCUGGUAUUCAACAAAGAAUUCGUCAUUGCUUGAAGGACAAAUGUCCUGGACAUAACGUGGAACAAAGGCAUUGCAAUAUGUUCAGUUGCGACAAAACCAUCAACCCGUUAACUCUAGAAGAUGGGCAUUUCUUCCAUCCCUCCAAAGAAAAUUGGAAAUCAGCACCAGACCGCAAAUCAGCAUGGCGUCUUGAACCAUACACAUACCUCUGGGUGCCGUCUAUGCUCCUUUUGGCAGGGCUCAACAUCACAGAGUUCCCAAGGCAAUUCACGAUAUUCUUCACUGUGAGGUUGUUCAACGAUACGAGUGGAACUAUCUUCAGUCUCCGUUCAAGAACAUUCCAGGAUACUUACUUAUCGAUCGACUUCAGGAAAGAUGAUUUGAAGCUGGCACACGCUGCUCAGAACGGUUCAGACACAGUGAUAAUUCCUGUUGAUUUGGCAGAUAAUAACUGGCAUUUAAUAGCAAUAAGCAUUCACGAAAGCAACGUAGUUGACUGUUUCGUUGAUUGUCAAUGGGUCAUGACUGACAUCCUCAGAUUCAGGACAUUAGAUCUUCCUGAAGACUCAGAUCUGAUAAUAGGGUAUUUGUUCUCGGGUGAUCUGGAGCAACUCUCGAUAGCGACCGAUCCCACUUUGGGCAACCAACAUUGUUCAACAUCCAGAACACCAAUCAUCGAUCCAAGCAUGGAUAUCACCUAGCCAAUGAUUUUCGAGAAUCAAGAAUAAAUUGAAAUAAGGGCGUAGGUUUAACUGAAAUUAAUAAUUUUGUACUCGAUCAUAAUUAUUCAUACCUAGAUUUAUUUUGUGGAGAAUUUUGUUGUUUUCCUAUUAUAUGUGAACCAUAGAGUUUUAAUACUACAUAGCAGAAAGUGCAAAUCAACAAAAACGUAUGUAAUAAGCAAUGAAUAUAAGAAAAAUUUUGUUUGUGUUCGUCGUUCUAAUAUUACAUAUUUCGGCACUAACCACACUAUAGUCCAAUAAAUUUUCAAUUGCCGUCAACGCUAUUUGGACAGCAAUUUUUUCAUUGAUGGAAACUAUCACUAUCAUAUUAAAUAAUGAAUAUCCCUUGCUAUUCAUUUCAAUACCUUAUAUCAUGUUGCGAAAAGUUUCAUCAUAAAUUUCAAUAGCUCAAAUUACUGAAUUUCCGACAAAGAAGGUCCUAAUCAAUUGAAUGUUUGAAUUGCUGGUCAGUCAUGGUCAGUUGUUAAGACAUGAUUAGCAAAAGUACACUUAUCAAUAUUAUUGUUCCAUAUUCUCUUUGCACCUAUUUAGUCAAAAUAUUCCUAGUUUUCUUUUUUUUAACGAAUAAACAUUGGAUAUAGUGUGGUUUCUGAAAAUAUGUGGUAUUUUGAAUAAUUUCAAACGAAUUAUAUAGAUUAUAUUGAAGGAAUAUUAUAUUGUAAAUAACAUAAGAAUAUGGUUAUCGUUAUUAUAUAUUACAGGUGGUCCAAAUGAAGGCGUUCAAGGUAGAUACGGAGCAAUAAAUAAUUUUUGAGUGAUUUUUUCUUACUUAUUAUUAUCUACUGAAAAGAAGUCCAUUCAAUCGGCUGAUUCUGUCUUGGAAAUUUUCAAUGAUUUUUCGAUAUAGUCGGAGUCAUUUUGACAAUUUGAUGAACAUAGUAGCAUAUUCAAAGUAAAUGUAUUAGGAAUCUAGGUAUGUAAAGAUUUCUCAUGGAUGAAAUAUAUUGGUUAAUAAUCCAACUUGCGAAAUAACAACAUCGUAAAUGCUCUUAUAUAGAUUCCCAAUGAAAUUGAAUUCUAUUAGUGUUUAUCGCAAAUCUAUAUGCAAAAUCAUUUCAAAAAUCGUGAGAUACCUACACCUGAGUCUCGCAAAUGAAAUCAACUCUAUGUUAUCGGUUUGGAACUAAAAGCAACAAUGUUUUCUUUUAUGGGUUUAGUUGUACCACUUUUCGAAUUAUAAAUAAAUAUCACUAGAUCUCGUCAGUUGGAAGGAUGUCGCAGAAACAGAAUACAUUGCUCACGUCUUGGCCUCACAUUUGGAUGACCUUUUACUGAAUCUGUUACAUUUCAAGUGCAGAUAUGCUGAAUAAAAACCGUACAACAUUUAAUAUUCCAAAAAUCCUGGUGGAUAUUGUAUGAUUGUUCUCGAAAAAUUUGAUUUUAUUCUAUAUGUAACUUGUAUAUUCUUAUCUAAAAACGAUUUACAUCUUUGAAGCACUAUUGAGUUACGAGCUGUAUAUCUUAACCAAGCAUUUUAACCAUGGAUACUAUGCCUAAUGAUCUAAUAGUACAUAGAUACGCUCUUGAUCAGUCGUGCAGUGCAGAAGCUGAGCAUGGACUCCAAGAUUAGAUAGAGAAAGAUUGAGCCUCAUGUCACGUGACCAAGUGGGAGAGGAUAAAAAUAUUUGAAUUGAUUUUCUAACAUUGAUAAAACAAGCCAAAUCACAAGAUCUGAAAUGGAUCAAUUUGUUCAACCAAUCAAAACUUCAGAUGGUUGGUUGCGUCUCAACUCUUUGUCAGAGUCGAUUCCACCUAGGGAUUCACGGCUUUGCUUGAUAUUCAAGCUACUUGACUAGAU